AUGUCGACCACUACGGAACACACAUUCGGCGAAAAGUGCCGCCUCGCGUCUGUGCCUCAUGUCGAGGGCGCGGAUGGUCGUCCGCCAAUCGAAGCCCAAUUUUUCUAUGCCUCUGUAAUUCCCAUCGAUGACCCGCUCUCGGCAACAUCCACUAUCACAACCUCUGACGCGCGAUCGGGCAAAACCCCGUUGCGGCCAUUCGCUAGAGGGGAUAAUAAUGCUUUAGAGAAAGCUUGGAUAAGCCUACAAACCGAGGAAGAUCAAAGUGCGCACGGAAACGCGAAGAAAGGUCGGGAAGCAACGCCCGAAGUUGAGAAGGCCAGUACCGAAAAGAGAACGCUGCUGGUGCAGAGUCUAGCUUUGAGGCACUGGGAACUUCACAAGGGAGGCAUACAGCCCCAAGAGCUGUCACUUCCCGUAGAAGUAGCAGCGACUGCGCGGAACGAGACCGCCUGUUGCACGGCUUUAUCAGCUGACGUCGGCGAAGAAUUGGAGAGGACAUUCUGCUCUCUUGCAAGAGAGAUCAGUCCGUCUCUCACUGUCGAAAGUGUUGUGAAGGACGUGGUGAGUAUUGUUGAUCGACUGCGAGACUCUGACGCCCGUCUUGCAGAAGAAGCAAACAUCAGGAAGCAGGAAGUUGCGGCUACGAAGAGAUCGAGUACGGGGUCUUUGCCUCGCUCGCCUCGUGAUUCUUUGAAAUCUUCGACCCCAACCAGUAAAGCCAAGGCUGCCUUGCGUAGUGAAGGUGCUUAUGCAGAUGCUCAUGAGUCAAGUCGCCGCCACGAUGGCCGAGUACGGUCAGGAUCUCAGCCCACAAGCCAUUCGUCCAGGGCACAGACGCCUGUCGGAAGCCCGGCACAACCGAGAGGGCCCAUGGCUGACGACGGUAUAUCUGGUCAGCCGUUCGUGCGAGUCCCUAGCAGCGGAGGACCCCCAAAGGCUGUCAUUCCUAUUCCGAGAUAUGGCACCUUGACACAAGAAGAGGCCCACGAUGCUGAUAUUGACCAUGUGGAAGUGCUGGAAGACCCCAAGCUUGAAGCCAUUAAACUUGCUGAAGCUGUAAAGACCACAAAAUGGGGAAAGGAGGCUAUAGAUGUUCCCGUCGGGGUAUCUAGACUUCACAUGGUGUCAUUGCCCAAUUUGCAAAUGAAGCCUAUUUAUUGGUCUCCGAUCAACGACAUGGCAGUGGUCACAAGGGCAACUUGGUUCUACAGAGACACGAUGAUGCCUGUGCCAUGUAUUGUUGCCAAUCAACUUGAAGCUGGCUACCACGACCUGCGCCCAUGGAGUCAGACGUGGGCCGACGAAGUGAAGUGCGCCAUAGACAUCGGUGCCCUAGGCGAAGAGAAAGUUGCGCAUUGCCUGUGGCCAAGAGACAUCACUCAAAAGACUGCCAAGUCGCACGGCAAUGCUCAAAUAAGUCGAACACAUCCCCCAAUUUCCGCCGAUCCGUACUGCGCUGCCCGCUGCUUUCGAGGCGAGGCAGCUGCCGAAGGCUCUAUUGAACCGUCAAAGAUGUCUCGCGGUGACACGGACGUAUCCAACCGGCCUUUUCAAAAUUAUCACGUCAUAUACAAGGACGACAAGGUGGCCUUCUUGCUGAAGCCUAGUUUGAGCCCUUCGGCAUACUACGGCAGGCGGCCACUGUCCAAGAUUAUGAAAGGUAUUACGGUUGGGAUACCCAUAGUGAGAGGCUUUGACAGGCCGAAAUGGGAGCGCAAGCAUGAGAAGAAGCCAGCGCAACAGGGAUCGGUAGCUUCACCCCCAAUCGCGUCGCGAGGUGAGCAAGGCGAACUCCUCUGCCCAGGAUGCGAAGCAGAAAAGAAUCGAGGUCAGGUUACCGACCUCGUUCUGGUCGCCCACGGCAUUGGGCAAAAGUUUGCUGAGAGAGUCGAGAGCUUCCACUUCACACAUGCAAUCAACGGGUUUCGUCGAGCGGUCAACAUUGAACUAGGAACGCCACUCGUCCAAGGAAUACUUCGAGAGAGCCAGAACGGGAUGAUGAUCCUACCCCUCAACUGGAGAUUGGGGCUGUCUUUCGAAGAAGGCGGUCCGAUGCACGAGGAGGACAAGGCCCAUCAAGCGACAGACGGCUUCGGCCUGAAAGACAUUGAGCCGACCACGAUCCCGGCAGUCCGCAGCAUGAUCUCAGAUGUUAUGUUUGACAUACCGUUCUACAUGUCACAUCACAAAGGCAAAAUGAUCAAAGCCUUGGUGACCGAGGCCAAUCGAGUGUAUCGACUAUGGUGCAGGAACAAUCCUGGGUUUGCAGAGCACGGCCGCGUGCAUUUGAUCGGUCAUUCGUUGGGCAGCGCGAUGGCCUUGGAAGUUCUUUCGAGGCAGCCAACAAGCGUCCCGCAUCUGAACCUGGCACAGCCCGAACCGGAGACUUCGUUCUUCGAGUUCGACACCAAGAAUCUCUUCCUCGUCGGUAGUCCUGCAGGAUUCUUCCUGCUUCUCGAAAGGGGCAGCCUGAUGCCACGUCGCGGCAGAAGCAAGCCUGGCGCAGAGUCCGCAGAUACCACGGCAAGUGGCGUUGUCGGCGAGGCUGGCACAUUCGGGUGCCUAGCAGUAGACAACAUAUACAACAUCCUCGCCAAGGAAGAUCCGAUUGCCUAUCUGUUAAACGGGGCCGUGGAUCCUACAUACGCGGCCAGUCUCAAGGUUGCGCAUGUCCCUAGCACGGCCUCAUCGUUCUUCAAAGCGUUUGGGGAUGCGUUUCGCUACGUUAUACCUGGGAUGCAACCAGCGGAAAGAACCUUUGCUCCCGAACCCGCACGCCCCCCAGCAUUCAGGCUCCCGUCCCAGCUCGAGCUCGAAGUACACGAUUUCACUCGGGAGGAAAUCGCGGAGAAGAAGGUCUUUUUGCUGAACGACAAUGGUCAAAUUGACUACUAUCUACGAUCUGGAGGUGGACCUCUCGAGAUUCAGUAUUUGAACAUGUUAAGUGCGCAUACCAGCUAUUGGACCAACCUCGAUUUCAUUCGCAUGCUCUGUAUCGAAAUAGGCAGAGAGCCUGGACGAGGCAACACCCUUCCUGCGAUGAGAGCCGUGAAGGCCACAAAGCGCCUGGUUCCGUGA